GCUGAAUAUCCAAACGUUGUUGUUAAUUUGGAAUCGGCUAUGGUGAAUCCACCAUACUCAAUUAGUGACGACGACGACGACGACUAUCCUCCAAAGAUCUCCCCUACUCGGCGAGUUUUCAAUCUCAACCUCUGCCGUAAUAAACCUGACCCCAAAGUUUUCUUGGACGAGGCUUGGAUACUUCUAGAGCCAGCUCUCACAAGCAUCUUACAUGAAGAGAACCUAGACCGUUUCUGCUUCGCUGAGAUUUCACAGGCUGUUGAUAAGACAUCCUGCAAUCCUUCAUCCAGCGAAGACCUUUCCAACCUGAUUGUAGAUGUCUGUGGCACAUAUAUUUCCACAACCCUGCAGUCUUUGGCAGUGCAUUGCAAUGAUGAUGAUCCAUCUCUGCUCUUGCUUCCCUUGGAGAAAUUUUGGCUGGAGUUUCCUAAGAAAUUACGGUUUAUCUGUGAAAUUGCUGGAGCUGGUGGACCAAACUUGUGGGAAUUGGGUCUUAAUCUUUUACCAAGAAAGCUCUUCUUGGCCUCUCAAAUUUGUGACAAGGUUCGAACCUUCAUUCUACUUCGCGUUACAGAUCAAAGAUUAGGCAAGCCUGUUAACAUGAGUCAGCUAGAGAAUCUUAUGUAUAUGUUUCGUUGGAAUCCUUUCCGCGAUUCGGGCUUCUUGAAGAAGCCCUUUCUUGACUCAACUGCUGAGUUUUACGCUGCAGAAGCAAAACAAGUCCUUGAACAGUCUUCUGACCUUCCCCAGUACUUGAAAUAUGUCGAUCGAAGGGUUGGUGAGGAGACGAAAAAAUGCAUAAACCUCCCCCUUUUCUCUUGCUUCCAGGAUGAGCUGCUUGAAGUUGUCAACAGGGAACUCUUGGGGGUUCAUGCUCGUGCCCUUCUUGAAAAGGGUUUUGAGAAGCUAAUGGAUGAGAGACCCUGGGAGGCUCUUCGUAUGAUGUAUGAUCUCUUCUCCCAGGCGGGUUUAGUGUGUCAUAUCAAAGAUGCACUGAGCUCCUACAUUUGUCAAACUGUUGAGAAGAUUUUAAAGGAAGAAGGCUCGUCCCUGGCUGAGUUCAAGGCUCACGUUGGUAAGAUAUGUUGUACUUACUUUGCCGAAGAUCCGUUGUUGGAGAUGACCUUCCACAAGUUUUUUGAAGGUCUUGGAGUGUAUGUCUCUCCUGGCUCUUCUCCUUUCCGUGAUCCAUCCGCAGACGAGAUGUAUCGAAGCCCUCAUUGGUUGUUUUAACAAGUUUGUUUUUUUAUUAUGUCUACUAGU